CCGCGUCCUCGCCUCUGCGCGCGCCGUUCGUCGCCAUGGCCCAGCGCGGCCGCAGGCCGCCCUCGUCCGCGGCCCCCGAGGCCGAGCAGCCGGAGGAGGCGCUCGCCCGCAUCCUCCGCACCGAGGCCGCCGUCUCCGGCGUCUCCCGCAAGGCGUCCGCGGGCUCCAGCCAGCACUCCACCCGCCUCUGGCCCCGCGCCGUCCUCCAGGCCCUCGAUUCCGCCGUCGCCUCCUCCCGCUGGGAGUCCGCCCUCGAGAUCUUCGAGCUGCUGCGGAAGCAGCGGUGGUACGAGCCGAGGACGCAGAUCUACGCCAGGCUGCUGAUGAUGCUGGGCAGGUGCCGGCAGCCCGGCCCGGCCACCGCCCUCUUCAAGGUGAUGCUCUCGGAGAAGCGGCUCGCGCCGACGGUGGACGUGUACACGGCGCUCGUUGGCGCCUACGGCUACAGCGGCCUGCUGGACGAGGCGAUGGCCACGGUCGAUCGGAUGAAAGGUGCUGACGCAGACUGCAAGCCGGACGAGUACACCUUCUCUGUCCUCAUCAAUUGCUGCUGUAAGUCGCGCCGCUUCGACCUGAUCCCCACCGUCCUCGACGAGAUGUCAUAUCUGGGGGUUGGAUGCAACGUUGUCAUCCACAAUGGGAUAAUUAAUGGGUACGGCAAGGCCGGCAUGCUAGAGGAGAUGGAGGAUGCGCUGUCCAACAUGCUUCAAGACGGGGACAAUGUGCCGGACAUAUACACGAUGAACUCCAUCAUCUGGGCCUAUGGCAACCGUGGCAGGGUGGAUGACAUGGAGAGGUGGUAUGGUGAGUUUCAGUUGAUGGGCGUUGAGCCAGAUACGCGGACUUUCAAUAUCAUGAUGAAGUCUUACGGCAAGGCUAACAUGCCUGACAAAAUGUUGUCGGUGCUGAAAUAUAUGAAGCGGCGCUUCUUCUCACCCUCUGCCGCUACGUUCAACAUAAUCAUAGAGUGUUUUGGAAGGGCUGGCAACAUUGAGAAGAUGGAGUACUAUUUCAGGCUGAUGAAAAUUAAGGGUGUCAAACCCAACCCCAUCACGUACUGCUCGCUGGUUAAUGGAUACAGCAAAUCUGGGCUCCUUGAUAGGGUUCCUGCAAUUAUUCGGCAGACGGAGAACACUGAUGUUGCCUUAGAUACUCCAUUUUUCAACUGUGUUAUCAGUGCAUACGCCAAGUCUGGCGAUAUCAAAAUAAUGGAGGAAAUGCUACAGCUAAUGAAGGAAAAGAAAUGUAAGCCUGGCAAGGUAAUUUAUAGCACCAUGAUUCAGGCAUAUAUUGCCCAUGGAAUGGAGGAAGACGCUAAGUUAUUAGAAAAAGAACUGGAAAGAGUUGACGAGAAGUUGCUGUAAGUGCUUUGCUAUAUUUUGGUGAGCUUCUUGUUGAUUUAUGCCUGCAUUAAACUGCUGAUCAUCCAUGACCGGUUAUCUUUGUUUGGGGUCAGUGAUCAGUUCUGAGAUUGAAUGCCAGUUUUUGGUGACCCAGUUGGAUGCCAAUGACAAGGUUACUAGAAGUUCACAACUUUCUAUGGAAUUUAUCUUUGGCUGUACCAAAUUAAGCUGAGCUGAAAUAGACACUAACUAUUGUUCUUUCCGUAUCCCAUCAAUGAGGAACCACUUGGAAUAGAUAAAUUAGUGGUGGCAUGUUGUGCCAUCGGAAAUGGGAGUUUCACGCAGCCUAGAUCUAAUUGCACAAGUACAAACUCAGACAGGUAGCUUGGAAUAUCUGGAAGUGCAAGGGAGUACGGUACAGCAAAGAAGGUCCGAUUCAGAGCUCCAGUCUAGUAUAUAUUCAUGUCAGAAUAUGUAAACCUAGUUUCCUCUGGGUCUAUCGGAAAAUUCACUGCCACAAAACUAAAGGGAGAAACGGAACAACACAAAAGAAAGAAACAAAGAACCAUGUGAAUUUCCUUAGAAUUUUGAACACCAAUAAGUUCAGAGCACAGAACACACAUUCUCGAAGAGAAGUUCAGUCUUCCAGUGGACACACCAGGCAGAUAAUAGAAAUCGAUGGAUACGACUAGAACUGCAUACUUCAAUCAAAAUUCUGAGCUGAACUACUCAUACUUGUGACGAUGGGGCGACCUUGUCUAAUAUGUCCAUCAUAAUCGAUGGACAGCUGGUUGUGAGGUGCUUGAAUCCAUCCGUCUUCUUGACAGCUCGAAGCACGUCCUGCAAAGACAGGUAUCCAAGGCAAGCUUUUUUAAGUUGCAAGGAGUGGUGCUGCUCUGCUAAAGCAAGUGUGGUUGCAACUGUUUGCACAUCAAAUUUCUGGCAUAGCUUCUCUUCACAAAUAGCCUUUAGCCUUUCCAGUCCAUACCGAUCUGCAGCGACUAACAAGUGCUGCAGUGCCACAUUUUGAUCAACAUCGAAAUUGUUUGGCAGAGAAUCUGUGUAUAUGAAGUAAAGAAGUGCAUCGAAGAUGGCAGGCUCCAUGUCAUCGAUCUUGAUGUUUUUUGUAGUGGUCCCCUUCAUUUGACCAAAGAGCUCGGCUUUGAAGACCGACGAUCGUGCGGCUAACACGUAUCUAUGUGCACUGAAGAGUUGGUCGCCGACACUGAAUGUCACGUCCACGCCUUCUCCACCCUUCAACAUAUUUGCAAAGUGCGUGUGCAGGUCUGACUGCGGGACCUGGACCGGGACUGUGCCAACUUGUUCCGUGUGAUGGUCUUUUAUGACAGUCAAAACACACCUGAUUGUGAAGCAGUCGUCAUUGCGGGACAGCAGUUCCUUCAGCUUGGACUUUUCAAUAAAGUUGGUCCAGCCCCGACCGAUACUCGCCGAUGAAAAGAAACACAAGAAGACCGACAUGUAGGCAGCUUUGUCUUCCUUCAUGGCCCCGUCAGGAUAGAUCCUAAUGUUCCAGUCUUAGCCGCUGACGCUGAAUUUGCUCGAGCAAAUGAACUUGCCAGAACCCAUACCCUCGAGCAACGAGUACUUAAUCACCUCAAAGUUGUGGGCGGCGGUGACACACUCGGUCAGGCAUCUCGAGGACGUCUCAGGAUGUGGCUGUAUCCUGUGACUAACAAUGAAGGGAGAUCAGGGGGCAUGCAUGUGGAAAUGAUGGAUCUGCAUCACACAAUGAAGGGAUUCGCAUCACAUAAUCAAGGGAGAUCAAAUGGUCUCAGGUUCGUGGUGAGCCGUGGCGCUGUGAAGUCGGAGGAGAUGUUGAGCAGCGGGCCGGCGAUGACUGCAAGCGACGGCUGGAAGAAGAAGCCCUAGCGGCGGUAGCGAUGGACGAGUUGUUGGAGACGAAAAGGAGCGGACGCAAGAGGCGCUCUAGCUAGGUCAAUGCGCCAAUACAUCACCCUACUACUAAUUCUCGUGGUUGGUGGGGCUUGUUGUUUCGGGCUUUUCUGGGCCACCAUGUUGGGCACCCAUCUUUCCUUAGCCAACCGGGUAGUAAUUAAAAUCUAUAUAUGGAAUAUAAUUGCGAGGCGUCCUGCGCCGGGUUGUGUUUCUGGCGCCUGCAUGCGAGUUUGCGGGCUCAA